AUGACAUUCAUGGCCUCUUCUACUGAUUUUCCAUCGAAUCAACUUCUUGGAAAUGCUGCUUUGCAUGCAUUUCUUGCAGCAGUUGCUGCUGUACAACCGUAUGAACGAGUGCGAAAUAUUUUGCAACUGAAAGAUGGAAAAUUAGUGUUUGGAAGACGAAUAUUAAAUGUAAAUAAAAAUAUAUAUUUGGCAGCAUUUGGUAAAGCAGGAUUGGGUAUGGUGCAAGGUGCAGAAGAUGCUCUUGGUGAUAAUAUCAUUGAAGGAAUUGCAAGUGUGCCUCGAGGAACGAUGAAAACUAUAUCCAAAUCUUACCAUCCAAAGACUCAGUUUUUUGAAGGCGCAACGAAUAAUUUACCCGACAAUGAUGCAUGUUUAAAUGCAGCAAAGAUUGAAUUAAUGGCAAGAAAGCUGCGAAGUGCGGAUGAUAUUUUUCUUGUGUUAAUUUCAGGUGGUGGAUCUGCGCUUUUGCCCGCUCCAGUAUUUCCUAUCACUUUGGAAGAAAAGUUACAGAUAACUAAAUUGAUGGCAAACCAUGGGGCUGAUAUUAAACAAUUGAAUAUCGUUCGCAGAGCUUUAUCUCGUCUGAAAGGCGGUAAAUUGGCCCAAAUUGCAAAUCCUGCGAAGGUAUUAUCGAUAAUUAUUUCCGAUGUAAUCGAUGACCGAUUAGAACUAAUAGCAAGCGGACCAACAGUUUUACGAGAAUUCAGUGGAAAUGAUCAUGAACCAAUUGAAAUCUUACAAAAAUUAAACGUUUUGAACGAGAUACCUACGAAUGUACGAAAUUUUUUGAGCAGUUUGGACUUUGAACCUUCAGAAAAAUAUCAAGGCAUCAAUGUAUUAAAUAUAAUCGUGGCAAAUAAUAAAACUGCAAUUAAUAAAAUCAAAGAAAUACUUGAAAUGAACGGUUUUGUGUGCCAUAUCGUAAGCACCAUGAUUGACGAAAAUGCGAGCAAUUUCGGUUACCAGUUGGCCAUUUUAAUUGAAACAAUUUUAAUGGACAAAAGUGGAAAAAGAAGAUUCGCUGCAUUUGAUAUUGCAAAUGCUGAUCUUAAUUAUCCUGAAGCAGACCAACUUGCACUGAUUUUUGGUGGUGAAUGUAAAGUUGAAAUAAUUGGAAAUGGGAAAGGUGGCCGAAAUCAGGAAAUUGUUUUAGCUGCGUUUUGCAAGCUACUUGAGCUCAACUAUGUCACGCUGCUAGGUGAUUUUGCUUUACUGAGUGCUGGUACAGAUGGUCAAGAUGGCCCUACAGAUGCAGCUGGCGCGAUAUUAACAAAAGAAGACUUGGCUUUUGUUCAGAAUGAUAAGAGAUGGAAAAAGAACUAUAUAGACUCGUUCUUGUCUCGGAAUGAUUCAUAUAAUUUCUGGCAGAUUUUUCGUAAUGGAAGCUGCCACCUUAAAACAGGUCCAACUGGUACAAAUGUUAUGGACUUACAAAUAUUAUUGUUUAAAAAAUACUAA